CAGGAGGAAGGCUCCGUGGGUUGGACUAUUGCAGGGGUUAGAGAAGAGCCGGACAAAAGCUGAUUGGACCGCAGAAGCAAUAUAAGUGAAGAUGUCUGCUAACAAGGGUAAAGCGUUCGAUAAGUCGAUGAAAUUGUUGAUGGUCGGGGAUUCGGGGGUCGGGAAGUCGUGUUUGUUGCUCAGGUUCGUGGAGGACAAGUUCAAUCCGUCGUUCAUCACCACGAUCGGGAUCGACUUCAAGAUUAAGACCAUCGACUUCAACAACACAAAGAUCAAGUUGCAGAUAUGGGAUACUGCGGGCCAGGAAAGAUUCAGAACGAUCACGACAGCAUACUACAGAGGUGCGAUGGGGAUCAUCAUAGUCUACGACGUGUGUGACCAGAACUCGUUCGACCGGGUCGAGACGUGGUACAAGACGGUGCAGCAGCACGCGAAGGAGGACGCCCAGGUGAUCAUUGUUGGAAACAAGUGCGACGAGGAGGACUCGAGGGUUGUUUCCACACAGCAGGGUGAGCAGUUGGCACAGAGUCUCGGUGUGCCUUUCAUCGAGGCGAGUGCCAAGACGGGUCUCAACGUGUCGGACGUCUUCUACAAGCUCUCGGAGCUCAUUUUGGAGAAGAGCGGCGACGAUUUCCAACAACCUCAGGCCGAGGACAGCGUCGACGUCAGCAAGGGGGCCUCGAACUCCCAGUCUUCCUCGAAUUGUUGUUAGUUGACUGGAAGAACACGAGCCGGUUCAAUUCGCCAUUUCUCUUUCCACGUGCAUAUGCGUCUGUCUGUGCAUCUGUGUAUGGAUGCAUGCAGUUACGUAACUUGUCUCUUAUCUGUGUCUAUUUGUAUUUUUUUUCGAACUUAAAUCCAUCCUUUCAAGCAUUAUGCAGUUGCACCACUGUCGUUGUCCUCUCUAGCGCAAGGACGGGAGUGACGUCGUGAUCACUACAACAAUUACGGCUACGGGCACGGUACGAGAUGUAUGCAAUAUGGUUGUUUCCCAAACGAUCACAGUCCACAAGGAACGUUCGCAGAGAAUAGGAAUAUAUCGCCUUGUACAAAGUGUCCAAACCUACCAGCAACGAACUCGAUUGCCAAGAUCUUCCCAGUGGGAAGACCGUGAUUGACAAGAAUUCAAAUUGCCAGCCCUCCCCGAAGGGAGGAACCGAUAAGCACACCAUGACAAUCUAUUUACAACCCCUCGAUCGAGCAUU